AUGCCAACAAUGCCCUCCCGUCAACUCCUUUCAACCCUAAUAGCCUCCCUCAGCAACACCCGUUGGACCUUAACCCGAACCCUCCGGAGUGAAAACCCCCUCGACCUCAACGGCGAACUCCGCGGGACCGCAACCUUCACCGCACAACCCCCCACCACAACCGACCGCGACUGGCUGUACUGCGAAGAAGGCGAGAUACCUAGCAAUGUCGGUACAGGCGCGUUACCACCAGGUCUACGAUGGACAAAGAAGUACAUCUGGCGCCAGGACAGCGACAGCGGGCGCGUCAGCGUCUGGUUCGUGAAAGUCGCGCCGGGCCCGGAAGAAGCAGACUACCUAUUCCACGACUUCGACUUUGAGUCGGGUUCGGAUUCGCUGCUGGAGUCGGCGUCAGUGUCUACGCAGAAGGAUCCCGGUGAAUUCGUCGCGCCGCCUGUACCGCCCGUUGUCUUGACCUCCGGCAAUGAGACUACUGUCCUCAAUGCUAGAGGUAACCAUCUCUGUAUCAACGAUAUGUAUCGCACGGCGUAUGCGUUCCGCAUUAAGCCUGAUACCGGGGAGGUGCUUAGCUGGGCUAGUCGACAUGUUGUGCGAGGCCCGAAGAAGGGACAGGACAUUGUUAAUCGGUACGAGAAGGAGGCAUGA